UAAAUAUCUGUAAUCUGUGUGAUAAAAUGAAGUUUGUUCUUUUUAGUUUUAUAAUGAUUUUAUAUUUGUCUUAGUUAAUUUAGUCAUAAAACUUCAUUUAUUUUAGGAUUAAAAAAUGAUAAUAUUUAUUUGGACUACCACGGUAUCGUUAAUUUAAUGGUAUGCUGUGAUGUUCAGAUUUAUAAGACAAUGCCACGAGAUAUUUUGAGUGAUAGUUUAGCAGUCCUUAGGAUUGUAGAGCACGAGGAUGAAGAAAACUGGCCUUUAGAAGAUAAGUCAUCAUGUAAACAAAUCAACAAGAAAAUGGAUAAUGCUCCUAUUAAUAAUCAAACAAAUUAUCCUAAGGAUGAUUGCGCUUGCUACUACAACUAUGGACUUGGUGAUGGGAGCGGGAACCGACAAAUUGAUCCCAUAUACCAAUAUAAAACCAGCAGCUUACCAGCUGCUUCUUCUAUUAAUCAGUCUUGGGAUGAUAUUGUAUGUUCAGCAUUGAGAUUGUCUCCGGAGGAUAUAGCAAAUCAACUAACAUUAUUAGAUUUAGAGUCUUUCAAAGCUAUCAAAGCGGAGGAGCUCACUACUUGUGGAUGGAACAAAUUAAACAAACUGACGGUAGCUCCUAAUGUUGUUGCAUUUACAAAAAGAUUUAAUAGGGUAAGUUUUUGGACGGUACAAGAAAUAUUAAAUAGUCAAGCACCAAAAGGAAGGGCAGAAAGGCUUGCUCAUUUUAUAAAAGUAGCAAAGAAACUACAUGAACUCAAUAACUUACAUUCACUUUUUGCUGUGAUAUCAGCAUUGCAUAGUGCUAGUAUAUAUAGAUUGACGAAAACUUGGGCUUGCUUAUCUAAAAAGGAUAAGCAGCAGUUUGAUAAGCUCGCCGAACUGUUUGGAGAGAGUGAUAACUGGACUGCAUUAAGGGAAUAUUUAAGAAGUAUUUCUUUGCCAUGCAUACCGUACUUAGGUAUAUUCCUCACGGAUCUGGUGUACAUUGAUAUUGCGCACCCGGCUGGCUCGCCGCAUCGCAUCGCCAAAAUGGCGGUGGUUUUAAAAUCGUUAGAGAGAUAUCAAACAUCCGAAUACGACAUAGUGCCGUUACCGUAUGUAGCUACUUAUUUGAACAGCGUUCGGUAUAUAGAAGAGCUUCAGAAGUUCCUGGAGGAUGAUCAGUAUAAAUUAUCUCUGAAGCUUGAACCGCCAUCCCCCGUUGGCAGUUGUACUGGUUCUAAAGAGUCGGUGAAAGAGGCGCUACCACAGGGGCCUGUCACACCCUUCACCCUGUCUCCUUCCCACAGGCUGGGCUCAGGGUCCUUGAGGCUGCAAGGCACCUACCACCAAUCCAAGUUCAUACCGACACAUAGGAAAUGCCGCUCGCUAGGAUCCAAGUUUCGUAGUGCGAGCUUGCCAAGAAAUUUUCACAAGGUCAAUUUUGGUGUUGGCAUCUUCGGAAAGGGUCAUGCGGACGAAAAAGCCGACGAAAAAACCCCGGCGGGGUCAGUGAAUCUUCUGGAUGACACAUUGCUGGAGUCACCGAGCUCAGUGGCCGAUGACAAGAUGUCCCAGUCGCUGCCACAUAGCGAUUUAACGAGGACGGAGUCUAUGGAAUGCGAAUUUCAAGGUUUCGUGAGGCGGAAAACCAUUCUAAAAGACGGCAGGAAAAUCUCUCUUUCAUCGUGGCAGAGAUAUUGGCUACAAAUGUCCGGGAAUAUUCUUGUAUUCUACGCCUCGAAGUCGUUCAAAGGGACUAACCGUAACGAUUUCCGUACGGAGCGGUGUAAGGUCCUGGCACUGGACGGCUGGGUCGCCACAUGGAGCGCGGGAGACGCCACUGAUGCAUUUCAACUGGUCAACCAUCACGCGGGUACGAUGUACAAAUUCAAAACUGGCUCUGAAUCGGCCGCUAAGCAGUGGGUGAGAAAAAUAGAGGAAGUUACGACGAAGAUAGUGAAGCCCCUGCCUGCCAACCUCAUGUCGUUCGAAUAACUCACCGGCCUGUAUGUACGUAACAGUGAUUUAGUAAAAACACACUCACUUUACCUUAUAUACCUACUCUAUACACACAUAUUAUCUAAAUACGCUCAUCAAAAAAGUCUAAGCAACAUUACCACUAUAGUCUAAGGUACAUAUUUUGUUUAAUUAUAAACUCAUAGGUAUUCUUCUGUCAAUAAUAACUAAUUUUAUUUAUAAGUGACUUGGAUGGUUGGUGUUUCUUGGAGUUGAUAAUUGCUGUACCAGCUAUCUUCGCGAUUGGACUUUUAUCACCACUUAACAUCACGUGUGAUAGAGUAAUUUGCCUACCUGGCUAAAUAAAAAAAUGGUGACUAAACUUACAACGAUAAUAUUAAAUGUUAACUGAUAAAACUUGCAGUUUGCGUGAAAGAUGCAUUUUGCUUAGACUCUUUUUGAUGAGUGUACAUUAAACAUGCAUAUGUAUACAAAUUUGUAGUUAAGCGUAUACAGAACAAAGCUUGUUGUCGUCGUUGAUUUUAUCAAACCAAGGGGUGUUUAUUAUUUUUAUUUUUUAUGAUUAUUAUUUUAUUGUUAACAUAUAAUUUAUUUUGUUAUUAUUGCCUAUCCUAUGCAGUAUACUUACGUUACUUUGUGCUGUUCGCUGCUUUGGUGAAACUCGUAAUUGCUAUAACUACAUAUUAAUAUAGUUUUCUGAAAACAUCACUAAAGAUUUAUGUUACUCUAGUUAUGGUUGCAGUUUUGACGUCAAAUAUAGUUAAGUUUAAUCAAAAUCACAAUCGACAGCACUAUUUCUUAUUAAUAUUAAAAGUUAAUUUAUUAUAUAUUAAUAUAUAUCUAUGAGUGCGACCGUAAAUUAUUAUCUACUUAGAUUAUUAGGAUUUUAUUAGGAUUUAAAUAAUGCAGUAUGACUCGGUGUGUGUAAGUUAAAUAUACUAAUCUACUUUCUACUUUGAAUAAUAGUUAUCACAAAACAAUACUCAACAAACUAGAUCAAAAUAAAAAAUGAAACCGAUUAAAAAAGAUAAAUUCUAGUCUGUACAUGUGCAUUCUUAGAUAGUUAUUGUUUCUGAAUAAAGUAAACUUCUUUUACUAAUUAUUUUUAAGCGAUCAAUAUAAAAUAAAUUACUUAAAACAGCAUCAAACAACACAGGGUCCGCCUUUAAACGCCUAUCUCACCAGGUCGGUGCAGGCUCAUUAUACUUUCGUUUCUGUGCCGAAUCUGUACAGGUUCUUUACCGAAUGCAUGUAAUUAAAUGAGAGCUACCAAACUGAGUCGUUUUAGUACAGAUUUUUUACUAAGCGUAAUGUACCGAACCUGUAGAGAUUUUUUACCGUGAACCACUUCUUGACCAGCUCGGAUUCGGUGCGGAUUCGUGAAGAGACGUGAAGAAGUAUCUUUGCAGGCAAUAAGUUGAAGAUAGUUGGCGUGGUAGUUCAAAACGGCUGCACCAGCUAUCUAUGCAUCAGCCCCCCGCGCAUGAGCACCACGAUAUGAUAUAAAACGCGUUUUUAUCACGCUCAAUUGUCAAAUUACGAUGGAUUCUGACAUUUAGACGCGAUAAAAAACGUAAUAUAAUGUAAAUUGUGGCGUUCAUGCUACGGCGACUGGACUUGAUCACCACUUUACACAAAAAAAAACGAUUAAACUCUUCUAAAAGUGUUCUAAUACAUCACCAUUUUUAAUCUGUGAUAUCACAAAAACUUUUAUAAUAUCAACAAAAUACAUACAAUAUAAUUAAGAAAUCACGGUUUCACCAAGGCAGUGUUAUAUUCAUAGUUGCCUCGACGCAACGUAAUGCUAGGUAUAUAAAUCUGAUAAUGAGUAGGCUGUUUAUAUUAUACUUUCCUAUUUGUAACGUCCAACUAAAAGGCCACGGUACUAAGACUCAGGAUGCUGUUAAAUACCAACCACAUUCGACGAAAUGGAAUUGAGAAAAUAUUAACUACUAACACUCAUUUUCCUCACUGCUGAGGUAGGAAAAGAAACAUUACGUGACAUAAAAUUGUGAAUAUAUUGCUGCAGCACACCUCUCUUAUGUGUAACUAGCAAACCAGUGAACCUAAUGUUCACCAAAACCUGAUUUCUCGAAAACCGGAAGUGCUACGUUACUCAAAACCGGUUUGUAGUCUUAUCAGACUAUUCUUAACUUAUAACUUAAAUAUUCUCUUUAUCUAUCUUUUACGGUUUGGCCGCUGAAACAGCACCACAGACAGACGGACUUAUCUAAUAGAUAAGAGAUAUUAAAUAAAACAGAAAAUAUAGAGUUUUAGGUAUCUGCGAGUGUGAUACAUUUAAAAUGAAUUGUUAGUAGCACUCAUAACUAUUUGUAAUUUUGACAACAGAUUUAUAUCUACACUAUUAUGGAAAUGUGGAAAUAAAAAGAAGAGAUUGACAUAAUAAAAAUACAAUAAAAAUAGCCCGGACGAAACUGUGGUAAUCAAUUUAAAUUCAAUUAUUAUAUACGUUUUAUUUAUAUAUUCGUUUAAAAACGUAACGCUUUUGUAAAGCGAUACUUUUAUUUUAAACCAUCCGAAUAUUUAUUCCAAAGUUAUGUUUUUAACAAUUUUGGCCUCACUGUUUGAACUGUAAAUAUUAGACAAAACUGGUAGCAUUCAACCUGGGUAUGGCCAGUUUUUCAAUGUAUACUGACUGAUUAUUAGGAACAGGCUCUAUAGGAUUUCACAUCAAGAUGUUGGAAAUGUUUAAGCUUUAUCAUUAUACUCGUCUUAUUUACGAUAAAUUGGAUUCAGUCCAGUGAUGUGAUUAAAAAGCAAAUAAGUCAUUAAUUACAGGGAACAAUUAGUUGCGUAUUGAUAAAUUAUAUUCGUAUUUCGGUGUCUUUGCAUCACAACAUUUAGCAGCAUCGUGAGCCUUUAAGCCGUUACGUUUUAGUUGUAACAAUAAUAUUUCACGCGUUAAUUAUUUAUUUUUUUAUUAUCAAUGUUUUUUUUUAAGUCUCCAGAAAUGCUCGAAUAAAUGUUGCAAAUUAUUAAGAAUUUAAUUAUACAUUUAUGUAAGAUUUUGAAUCUGGAAAGAUUAUUUUAUCUCUAUCAGAGUAGUACAUAUAUUUUUCUAAUGUAAUCAUAAGUUUAAUUGAACGUCAACUAUAUCUCCACUGUACCUACUCGUAAUAUUGUUUUCUUUAUUGUAUUUUUUUGUUGUGACCUAAGUAUGAUUCCAUAUUGGUACAGAUUUUAUUUAUCUAUAGUUUGUAAGUCACAAUUUAGCAUGUAGGGUUGAAUUAAUAUUGUGCCAUUGCUUAUAAUUAAUAAAACAGAUAAGAGCCGAUCUAUAGAUCGCGUUCUUCUAGUUUAUAUAUACUCAACAUUUUGUUCAAAUGCUCUCAUCAGAGGUUUUAUUACGAAACAUCUCAGUAUCCAUGACAUUAUUUAUCUGUACUUUUUGUGUUGAACUUUUAUGACGUCUAUUCGUAUUAUCAAGAAAAACAUUUAUUAGUUUGUAACGCCUACCAAAUUUUAUAUAAACUAAAAAAUAGAACUUGCGUUAUAUGAAUUUAACCCGGCGAAGCGAACUUUCUUAUUUUUAAUACCUCAUUUCAAAUUUAAUGGUCCGUAAAAAAUUUAAUCUAUGAAAACCUCAGACCAAAUAAAAAGUAAAGACGGAGUUCUGCCAACAACAAAAGCCGGUUUUUUAUGUAUGUGUGCAUUAGUCAGUGUUGCCAUAGUCAUUUAUAGUACCCCAAUAAAUAGUUAUAACGUUAUUUCUUAAAAAUUCAUAACGUUAUUAUAAACGUUAUAAAAUAUUAGAAAAAAAUAUCGUAGGCUUAUUCUCCAAAUUAGUCCAGAUUAGUUGUACACUAGCGCUAGAUGCAAUCUCUCGUGAACUAUGAGCAAAGGUCAUGCGCCGUUCUCACCUACAAGUGCCAGACUCCUUUAUGGGGCCUCCACCUGAGUGGGAACGAUUACAUUGUUUUGCCGAUUUCUCUGUUAUUUUGUAAGAAUACCCUACACAAGCUAUAUGUAUUUGGAUUCUCCAUAAAAUUUUCUAUAAAACAGUGUGUACACAAUGCGUCAUGUCUAUAAUUUAUUUUAAUUACGUUACGAUAAAAAAAAGUCGUUUAGUUGGAUAAAUGGAGGUAUAUUUUAAAAUUUGUAAAUUUAAAUUCCAGGUUUUUUGGCUAGUAGUACAUUUUAUUAUAAGUUACCAAAUAAAAUAAUAAAAUACCAUACUCUCACACUUUUAUUUUACGCUAUAUCAUAAACGACACGCUAACACGGAAUAGAAAAAAAGGUCGUAUUUCAAGUGGUGAUAAAAACGAAUGCGAAGUCCAACUGCCUUGAUUUAUGUGGUAACGUUUAGUGGGAUUGUUUAUUUUACUUUAGUUACAAGUCUCGGAUGAAUAGCUUUGUUCAUUUUACAGUUUCAAGCACUCGCAACAAGUCACUUAAAAUCGCGUACCAAUCAGUCAUCUCAAUUUUAUGUCGAUAAAACGAAAAGUAUUUACAAUUUUAAUAAACAGUUUCUUUUAUUAAAAUGUAAAUGAAAUUUGCUACAGAAUACACAAAACAAUGGUUCAUUUCUACUCUUACGAAUGACCGCAAUCCAGUUCUCUUUUAGAUUUUGACCUCGUGAAUUUGAAUGUAAUACAAAUUAUAUAUUAAUUAUAAUAUAUAAUUAAGUAUAAUAUAAGUAUAAUAUAUAAUUUGUAUUACAUUCCAAAAUUUUUAUUAGAAUACAUAAAGAAAAAAGAUAAUUAAAUGAGAUAAUAAAGAUGUUUCUUUUAAUUGUUUAUCCAUGCAUUACAAUAUUCGAAUAAUAUAAAAGUAUGCUACACAUUAUUAAUGUAUGAAGUAACGUAACGUUAUGUUAUAUUUCACGUUACCCAACAACAGGCAAAAACUAACGUAUAAUCAUGGUACCAUUUGGUUCAGGUUUUGUGUUCCAAGCGACAACCUCCAAUUUGAUUUUGAUUAAUUGAAAAUAUCAGUUUAUAAGUUUACUUAAGUAUGAAAUGUGAUUCCAUCGUGUUAUUUAUUUUCGGAAGAUUGGUUUCUACACAUUUUCACUACAAAAUUCGGUAUUUUCUAAUAAAUAUUGUUACUUAUUAAUACGUCACGCCCCGCGCGUCGGGAUAGCUCUACUGGGAAGCCAAGGCGUAGUUUCGUUGCAUGCGUGUGCGUGUAACUGUGUAUGUAGUUGCGAGGCGUAGUUUUAUCGGCUUCACUUUUUUGAUCGGCAGACUCCGUCUUUACUUUUUGUUUGGUCUGAGAUGAAAACGUGUCAGUCGUUAGAAAGAGCGAAACCUUUUACGAAUCAAGAUGUCUACAUUCAUUGUCAGUUGCCGAAAAUGUAUUUUUGUGUCAGGCGAAGGCAUAUCCUGCGGGCCAAUGUUGUCUAUACACGAAAAAAGUAUAUACAUAACAUAUUAAUAUUAAAAAAAUAUAAACUAUAUUCUUUUGCAUACGAUAAGUCCGAUACGACGACGAUAAUACGACAGAGAACCAAAGUCACCGACAUAGCCCACCGAAUUAGCAAACUGAAGUGGCAGUGGGUUGGUCACAUUAGCCGCAGAACUGAUGGAGGUUGGAGUCGGAAAGUUCUUGAGUGGAGACCGCGACUCGGUAAACGUAGUGUAGGACGCCCUGAGACAAGAUGGGAUGAUGAUAUUCGUAGGCUGGCUGGAGCGGGCUGGAUGAGAGUAGCACAAAAUCGGGAGCAGUGGCGUGCAUUAGGGGAGACUAGCGAUGGGCGUUGAAUUAACGAACGGUUUAAAUAGACGGUCUACGUUCAAUCGACGCUUCGAUGGUCUACAGUUUAUUCGUUAACUAGUUGAAUUCAUAGACGGCUAAACUGAGAGUCCACAGCGUUCAUAUCAACUGACAACGCGACGUCGACGCGUAAACGUAUCUGGUUUACCGGUUACAAGUCCAUACGUUCGUUCAUUCGUUGAAAUAAAGCAAUUUGAAACGUAAGCAUAUGGAGUGGGAGUUGAUAUUUGUUCGUUUUUUAAACUAGAGUUGUUUGAGUGAAAAGGCAAGAGUAUUCUGAUAUUGCGUGAAAGAGUACGUCGAUGGAUCUGGCUAAACGAUGCAGUUCAGGAUGAACGGGUUUAUAUUUAUUGAAAUUUCAGUGAAAUUAGUGUGUCGCGAGGUCAAGGUCAAGGGACACGUGAAUGCGAAUUUAGUGCAAAGUUCGUUUGAAUUGAAUGAUUAUUUUAUGAGUUUAAUUUGUGAUUUAUUUUGUAAACAUUUAAAUGACUAUAAUGUAAAGUGAAUACUAAAUAAAGACCCCGUCGUCGUCGUUGCGUCGCGCCCGUAGACCAGUCACCGCGUAGUUGAUAUGAACCCCUCAACGCUUGCCGUUAUCACGUCAACUAGUUGAAGAAUUCAACUAGUUGAUCGACUAGUCGAUGGACGGUAGUAGACGGUUUAGUUUCGUCGAUGAAAAAUACGUCGACGACCCACCUCUAGGGGAGACCUAUGUCCAGCAGUGGACGAACAUGGGUUGAUGAUGAUGAUGAU